AUGGCUGCAGACAAAGAGAAACUAGACUUUGAUGUCAUUAUUGUUGGCGCCGGUAUAUCUGGUAUUAAUUUUGCUUACCGGCUACAAGAACGCAAUCCGGAACUCAAGUACUGCAUUCUAGAGGGACGUCAUGAAAUUGGAGGCACUUGGAGUCUCUUUCAAUACCCGGGGAUAAGGUCAGACUCGGACCUCUUCACCUUUGGCUUUGCAUGGCGGCCCUGGGUUGGAAAUAUGUCCAUUGUUCAUGGCUCUAUCAUCCGCCAAUAUGUAGAAGACUCGGCGACGCAAGAAGGCAUUGAUAAGAAAAUACGCUUCCUCCAUCAGGUAAGCAGCAUGAGCUGGUCAUCCUUGUCCAAUACCUGGACACUCAGCAUCACUUCCAACACCACGACGAACAUAUUCCUAAGAUCCCGUUUCGUGUUCCUCGGCACCGGCUAUUACGACUACCAGAAGCCGUUACAGGCCAGCAUUCCCGGAAUAGACAGUUUUAAAGGCAAGGUCAUCCACCCCCAGUUCUGGCCCUCUGAUCUCGACUACGCCAACAAGCGCAUCGUCAUAAUCGGCUCUGGCGCGACUGCCAUCACAUUGCUUCCUUCUCUCGCCACGAACUCUGCCCAUGUAACCAUGCUCCAACGCUCGCCAACCUAUAUCGCUUCCCUGCCUAGGGAGGGAAAGUUCGAAGCUAUUAUCUCAAGGGCACUCCCUAUGUUUGCGUCCAGUCGAAUAAUACGACUCAAAUGGAUACUCUUCUCCCUCUUCAUGGUAUCAAUCUGCCGGCACUUCCCUCGCACCGCCAAAAGGCUUUUGCUCCAAAGGACAGCAAAGCUCCUGCCACCAGGAACGAACCUGGAGCCAGACUUUGUGCCGUCGUAUAACCCCUGGGAGCAGCGUUUGUGCCUAUGUCCUGAUGGAGACUUUUACUCUUCUAUCCGGAGUGGGAAAGCAAGCGUCAAGACCAGCAAAAUCGAAGCCAUUACACCGCACAGCAUAAAGCUAACUUCCGGUGAAGAGUUGAACCCAGACAUUAUCGUAACAGCGACAGGGUUGAAGCUGUGCACGGCAGGUAAUAUCGCUAUUUCUGUUGACGGCGAGGAGUAUGACAUAUCUCAUCACUUCGCUUGGAGGGCGGCCAUGGUGGAGGGCCUGCCGAAUGUAGUACUCUCAUGGGGUUACUCUAACGCAAGCUGGACGCUUGGAGCGGACUCGACGGCGCAACUAGCAUGCCGCUUGCUUACGCGGAUGAAGAAAGAAGGUUUCUUAGUUAUAGUGCCACGAAUGACCCCAGAAGACAGAGAGACUUUGAAGGAGCGUCCAUUUUUAGCCUUGUCAGCAACAUAUGUGAAAAUAGGUGGAGACGCGUUUCCCAAGACUGCAUCUACGGAUCCGUGGCGGCCUCGGUCAUACUUUUGGAAGGACCUCGCAGUCGCACGGUGGGGAGACAUCGAAACAGGUAUGGAGUGGUUAAGAUAA